CACCGGCCACCCCACAACACCAACGCACGCUCGCUCGCUCGCUCGCUGCGCGUCUCCGCAAGCCACCGCCGACGAUGGCGAUCGCCGGUAGGAUCGCGCUGCUUGCGACGCUGCGGGCGGUCCUUGGAGAGCCCUACGUCGCCGGAGCCACGACCACGCCCUCCUCCAUCUCCUUCGGCCUCCGCGCCCCCGCCUCCGCAUCCGCGCGCCUCCACCUCCCUGCUUCGUGCGCUCGCUCCGCCGCGGCGCGCUCCUCGGUGGCCGUGGCUCGCGCCGCCGGGGCAAACUCGUCCUACGAUGCUGCCGCGCUACACUACUGCCCCUCUUCCCGCGCUUGCUCCGCCGCGCCGCGCUCCUCGAUGACCUUCGGUCACGCAACCGGCGGAAAAUCAACCUCAGAUGCUGCCGCGUCACUCCACUACCCCUCUUCCUGCGCUUGCUCCGCCGCGCCGCGCUCCUCGAUGACCUUCGGUCACGCAACCGGCGGAAAAUCAACCUUGGGUGCUGGUGGUACAAGCAGGGGCAGCCGGGUUCUGCGCAACUGCAGCAAGGAUGCGGCCGACCAUGGGCUUGCAGAUGCUACUCAUACUGAUCCUGAGUAUUUGGUUCUUGAUGCCGAUGAGGCUCGGAAGAUUGCAACAAUCGUUGCCAUGUUUCUGAUGAUUCAGAAGGCUUAUUUUCUGAGAGAUAAGAAAGUUUCCAAUAUCAUCAGAAAGUCUGCCCUGGUAGCACUCGUAGGUUUAAGCAUUUGGUGUGGCUUCAUGGCGUCAAAGGGUCAUGAGUGGGCUGUGAUCUUAGCAGGAACUUGUGAAAAGGCCGACAAGCUUUAUAAGAUAGUCACAACAAUCUGUGCCAUCUUCAAGUAGACCUGUGUCGCUAAGGUGGUCGAAUGUGAUGAUGGAGGAGAAGAUGGAAGAGAAGAUAGGAUCUGAACAUUGCAGGAUUUUUUAGCUGUCGUUUCAGCUUUUGUAUAUAUAUCUGAUAUGGUUCUGAUGGAUAGUGGGCGUUUUAUUUCCUUGUAGUGGAUUUUGUUGCAUUAAUAACAGAUUGCUUA